UAAAACAAUGAGAUUAGGACUAGAAUGAUCACAAAGUCAAUAACUGUUUAGUGUAACUGAAAAAUGGGAAGCAAACAGAGUCCUCCUCUCUUCCUUUCCCUUUCCCCACUUUUCUUGAUCUUUGUUGCAUUAUCAUCUCAAGUUUCUUCUUUUACUACUGAUUUUCCAAUACUAGAUAGACCAACUGAGCCUCUUUCAGAAGAAAGAGUGUUCCAACUCUUUCAAGAAUGGAAACAGAAGCAUGGGAAAGUUUACAAGAAUGAGAAAGAGGAAGAAGUGAAGUUGGAGAAUUUUAAAAGGAAUGUGAAGUAUAUAGUGGAAAAGAACUCCAAGAGGAAAUCAGAUUCAGACUAUUUGGUUGGUUUGACAAAAUUUGCUGAUAUGAGCAAUGAAGAGUUUAGACAAGUUCAUACUUCCAAGAUUACGAUACCCUUUAACAAGAGAAAGACUAUUCAGAUGAAGAAAGUCGGAAAAAAACCAACUCCAUUUUCUUGUGAUGCUCCUCCUUCAAUGGACUGGAGGAAACAUGGAGCUGUCACUAAGGUCAAGGACCAAGGAGAAUGUGGAGCUUGUUGGGCAUUCUCGGCGUCUGGAGCAAUGGAGGGAAUAAAUGCAAUAGUUGCUGGUGAACUUAUUAGCCUUUCUGAACAAGAACUUAUUGAUUGUGAUACUUCACAUAAUAGUGGCUGUAAAGGUGGACUUAUGGACCCUGCUUUUGAAUGGGUGAUAAACAACAGCGGCAUUGAUUCAGCAGCUGAUUAUCCAUACACUGCCCAUUCUCAAGGUCAUUGCAAUUACAGCAAGGUGAACCAUAAGGUUGUAACAAUUGAUGGAUACCGAGAUGUUCCAAAGGAGGAAAGUGCCCUUCUUUGUGCUGCUGCUCAACAACCUGUUAGUGUGGCCAUUGACGGAAGCAGCCCUGAUUUUCAACUAUACCAAGGGGGAAUCUAUGAUGGAGAAUGCUCUGAUGAUCCAAAUAACGUAUCCCACGGAGUACUAAUAGUUGGAUAUGGUUCUGAUGGACAUGAUGACUAUUGGAUUAUCAAGAACUCAUGGGGUACAGAGUGGGGAAUGGAAGGGUAUGGAUAUAUAAGAAGGAACACUAAUUUGCCAUAUGGGGUUUGUGCCAUUAAUUCAUUGGCUUCAUAUCCAAUGAAAGAAUCAUCACCAUCUCCUUAUCCGUCUCCAGCCAUUCCACCACCUCCCCCGCUAUCCCCUCCCCCGCCUACUCCAAAACCAAGUGAAUGUGGAGACUUCAGUUACUGUCCAGGAGACCAAACAUGUUGUUGUGAGAUAGAGUUCUCUGGCAUGUGCUUAGAGCAGGGCUGCUGCCCCUAUGAGAACGGUGUUUGUUGUGAUGGAUCAAACUAUUGCUGCCCAGCGGACCAUCCCAUUUGUGAUGUUUAUGCUGGCCUCUGCCUCAAGGAUCAUGGAGACAAAAUUGGAGUGGAAGCAAGGAAGAGAAAAAUGGCCAAGUACAAGUUACCAUGGAGAACUAACACUGAAGCAAUAGAGGAGAUGAGCCAAACUCUGAAAUGGAAGAGAAAUCAUGUUGCUGCAAUGCGUUGAAACCAACAUUUCUUAAUAAAAAACACUAGACUUUCGAGAAUCUUAGUAUCUCAGUUGGUUGACUCCUUGAAAUUUCCACCUUAUUAGCCCAUUUCCCCUUCCCCAAUUUUUCUUUUAAAAAAUAAUCCCAGUGUGUAUAAUAUGUCAAGGUUAUCUUUCGGAUCUUUGUAAUUUUAAACAUAUCGUGUUGUGUUUUAAGGCAUGUAUAAAUAAAUUUUGGUAUUUAAGUAUAUUUUUGCUCCAUCUCC